GUCAGUGUCAUGGCCGUGCAGUUCGUGCCAAAAACUCAUUAUUUCUUCAGUGCAAGUAAAGAUAAAACGAUAAAAUAUUGGGACGCUGACAGAUUUCUUCAUGUUACGACCUUAGAAGGGCAUCAUUCAGAAAUAUGGAGUCUUGCAAUCAGCCGUGACGGCGAGUUUGUUGAGAGGGAAGCUGCUUACGAAGAAAGCGCCUUAACAGGAGUUGAAACAAUUAUUCCAGGUGAACAAGACACAGAAGCUGUUAAAGCUGGCAAGAAAACUAUCGAGACGAUCAAAGGAGCUGAAAGAAUCAUGGAGGCCAUUGAAUUGUAUAAGGAAGAAAGACAGAAAGAACUUGAACAUAAAGCGAGUCAAGUGACUAAAGACAAAACGCUUCCAAAGCGCGCCAUUCAUCCGAUUCUUGCUGCCUUUGGUAAUGUCAGUCCUGUACAGUAUGUACUUCUAGUGGUGAAAAAAGUAAAGUCAAGCGAACUUGAAGAAUCAUUGCUUGUGUUACCGUUUGACUAUGUCAUUGACGUACUGAAACUUCUUCUUGAGUGGAUUAAGAAUGGCUGGGAAACAGAGUUAAGUUGUCGAUGUCUGUUCUUUCUGCUGCGAAUACAUCACAACAAAAUUAUAUCCACUCCUGAACUCCUGCCUGUAAUAGACUCUAUCAGAUCACAUUGUCGUAGCCGAGUUUGCGAAAUGAAGGAUACUGUUGGAUUCAAUUUGGCGGGACUACAGUUUAUUCAAAGACAGCUUGAAAAUCGUGACGUCACAUUCUUUGGCGAAACACGCGAGAGACUGGGACAAAUACGAAAAAAGAAGAAGACGAUUUUGAGGAAAUUUCGAUGAAGGUUGUUUUGCUGUUUAAUACUCUGACAACUAAAACGAUUAUCUUCGAAAGUACACAAUGGCUGAGGUUUGAUGACAUCUGUGAAC